UAAGACGGAUUAUCGCUUCGAGUAACAGUCAUGUCCCUCCUCAGACACCGUAGUGAAUGCAUGGCCCGCAGGGAUCAUGUUGAAGGUGACAGGUAGUGCCAUGCCGGGAGCUCUGAGUUUGCUGCCGAUCACCGUGUUAGCUGCUGCCGGAGACGGGGAGAAAGAGGCGGCCGCCCCGUUACACCGGGAUGAACUGUCUUUAUACACCGCUCCUCAGCAGAAGGCUCGGUAUGCGGAGCCUGAAGCCGGUCAGCUGGAGCAGAGUGUCGCCUCCCUCAGGAAGUUAGUAGAGCCGUACACGGAUUGGUACCAGGGCGCCUAUAACAAAAUCAAACCCAAAGUUCAACGUGUCGUCCGGUUUGGGAAUGACACCUACGCCUACUUGAAGAACCCGCCGAAGGACUUCUAUCCCCGGGCAGGAGUUAUCGGCUUCACCGGUGUCCUGGGGCUGUUUCUUGCCAGAGGUUCCAGGAUUAAAAGGCUCGUCUACCCGGCGGGCCUGGUGGCCGUGAGCGCCUCCCUCUACUACCCGGAACAGGCUGUGGCCAUCGCAAAGUCAACCGGAGACUCUGUAUACGACCGUGCGGUGCAGAGCUACGCUGCCGUGGAGAAGAUGGUGAAGCCUCAGUGCAAAGCUGAAAAGGGCGCCGACUCAGACACGAAACCCUGAGGAUCCCAGUGUGAAUGUGCAACAACUCAGCAAUAUGAAAUCAGCAGCCUUUUCCUGAUACUGUAGAUUGACAUGUGCUACCUAGACGGGCUCUAAUGUGUGACUUUCUCAUGCCCACUUUUUUGCACUAAGCUUCAUCUCAGGCCGGGCAUGGCCUGUCACAAGGGGUUUGCUACUUGACUUGAUUUACUUCUGCUUCUGAUUUGAAUGUAUAUUUAUGUAGAGAAUUAAUAAAAAUCAACUGUUACAUUAAAA